AUGGAUUUUGCAGCUCCAAGCUUCUCCACGGCUCAUGUUUCUUUGGCUGCUACGGCGCUUUCCUCUCCGGCUGCAGCGGCACCUGCUUCUCCUACGGCGGCAGAUCCAGCCUCCUCGGCGGCCGCCCAGCCACGCUCCGAUGCGCUGGACUCUUCCGGGGAAUCAGCAGCUCCAGUCCGGGUUUUCGAGGCUCCGAGGGCGGCAGCAGAUCUCCGCUCCAAGGUUUCCAUGGCUACGGCACUACACUCUACUGCUCCUGCCGCCCCGGAACCUGAAUAUGCUGCGGUGAAAUCAAGUCAAGUCUCCGUGCUCUCUUCAGCAGCCCAAGUCUCCACACAGACACCUACUGCCCAAGGGUCCAAGUUUGUUCACGUGAGUGUUCCUGUGCCAGCGGUGCCCACCGCCAAUGUU